AUGGCGUCAUCUCUGGUUCAGCAAGUGGAAACAGUCCCCGUUUCCAGCACAUCUCACCCAGGCAAUCCAAUCCCGGAAGAACCUACAACACUACCACACCUCAAAAUAAUUCAUCCACUGCCAGUUGGCUCACUGGAUACCCAUUCAUCCUCUGUAUCUAUUGGAACAGCAGAGCCAUUUAGUGGCACGGACACCCCCUCAACCCCGGGAACCGAACAAUCAACAGAUGAUGUCACGGAGGGGAUCUUAGACCUUACUAUCGGUUCAAAAUCACCUCCAUUGACUUCUAAACGUCGGAGACGGGCGUCUACUGUAUUGAUAUCACAGAGCUCCGAGGAUGUCGAGAAAAUCCUAGGCAGUGGUAAGGGCGGUACACAUGUUCUUGAAAAGAUUUGCUGUGGUGGAGGAUGCUGCAAGCUUCAGCCUCUCCAAGAGCCUGCGUCGUCGUCCUCGAUUCACCCUGUCAUAAAACCAAAGAAUAAGGCAUUCGAAAGCUUGAAACUACAACUAGGCCAGUUAUCGCAUGACAGUAUUCUGACGAAUAUUACCCCCUUGCCCGUGAAGACCGUGUCGUUUUCUCCCGUUCCAAAGGACUUGGCCGAUAAAGAAUCAGGCCCAGCAGAUCACCCACCUACAUUCGUCCAACCGCAUCCCCCUUACGAGGUCUUCCGUGCACCCCUUCAUCAUGCUCGAGAGUUGACCAAGCCCGGCGCCGAAAAGCGUACUUAUCAUUUCGAUAUCGAUGUUACAGACUACCCUGCUGAGGGUGGUGAUGUCGACUUCGUGGUUGGAGGUGCAAUUGGCAUCUGCCCCCAAAAUUCAGAUGCGGUGGUAGAUGAAAUUUUCAACCUCCUUAGCAUUCCGAAAACGGUCCGAGAUAGGAAGGUGAUGGUCAACACCACCAACGGUCGAUGGCCUACUGUUUGGGGGGAUGAAAAGGCCCGAAGCCUGUUAACCACCAGACGUGAAUUGCUUUCGUGGUGCUCUGACCUCCAGAGCUACCCUCCUACAAAACAAAUUUUCCGACUCCUAGCAGAGUACGCCACGGAUCGGGAUGAGAAGAAGAUAUUGAUGUUCCUUUCAUCGGCACAAGGCCAGGGGGCGUUCUGCGACCUUCGAACUGGCCAACAUACCACAGUACCUCAACUCCUAUCUGCAUUCCCCUCCGCGCAGCCUCCUCUGGAUUACCUACUCUCCAUCCUCAAUACUCUUAUGCCACGAUUCUAUUCCCUUUCCCAAGAUCCGCUCGUCUCAUGCAACAUUCGCGACGGCAACGGAAAAUGCAAGCGACUGAUCGAGAUCGCCGUCACUGUCCACGAAGCCCCUGAUUGGCGCGGUGGGAAAAGAACUGGUGUGGGCUCUGGUUUCCUGGAGCGGAAAGCAAAACAGCUUCUUCACGCUGAGCAAUUGGGUGACGACAUCUCGUCCCUAAACUUGCACAUCCCAAUGUUCCGUGCCUGA